UCUUGCAUAGGUUCCCAGCUUCUUUACUGAUGCCGAGAGAAGAUCAGUCAUGGAUGCUGCACAGAUCGCAGGCCUGAACUGCCUCAGACUCAUGAAUGACACUACAGCAGUUGCGCUGGCGUAUGGGAUCUACAAACAGGACCUGCCUGCUCCUGAGGAGAAGCCCAGGAUUGUGGUGUUCGUGGAUGUUGGUCACGCUGGUUACCAGGUCUCUGUGUGUGCCUUUAACAAGGGCAAGUUGAAGGUUCUGGGUUCUGCGUUUGACCCUGAGCUGGGCGGUAAAGACUUCGAUGAGGUGCUGGUCAAGUUCUUCUGUGAGGAGUUUGCGCAGAAGUACAAGCUGGACGUGCGAUCGAAGCCCCGCGCUCUAGUGCGGCUCUACCAGGAGUGCGAGAAACUGAAGAAACUCAUGAGCGCCAACUCCUCGGACUUGCCGCUCAACAUCGAAUGCUUCAUGAAUGACAUCGACGUCUCAGGCAAGCUUAACAGAGCCAAGUUUGAGGAGUUCUGUGCAGAGCUGCUGGCUAAGGUGGAGGCUCCACUGCGCAGCAUCAUGGAACAGACCAGACUGAAGAAAGACGACAUCUAUGCAGUGGAGAUCAUGGGCGGCGCCUCCAGGAUUCCAGCCAUCAAAGAGAGAAUCAGCAAAUUCUUCGGAACGGAGCUGAGCACGACGUUGAACGCGGACGAGGCUGUGGCCAGAGGAUGUGCUUUGCAGUGUGCAAUCCUGUCGCCCGCCUUCAAAGUGCGUGAGUUCUCCAUCACAGAAGUGGUUCCCUACCCCAUCUCUCUGAAGUGGACCUCAGCGGCUGACGAAGGCAUCAGUGAUUGUGAAGUUUUCCCGAAGAACCAUGCCGCACCCUUCUCUAAAGUGUUGACUUUCUACCGGAGGGAGCCUUUCUCUUUGGAGGCCUACUACAACAAUCCCAAAGAGCUGCCGUAUCCUGAUCCUACGUUCUGGGUUCUGCGUUUGACCCUGAGCUGGGCGGUAAAGACUUCGAUGAGGUGCUGGUCAAGUUCUUCUGUGAGGAGUUUGCGCAGAAGUACAAGCUGGACGUGCGAUCGAAGCCCCGCGCUCUAG